UAAACGUUAUUUUGAUUUUAAAAAGUUUGUUUAAUUCGUACUAAAAUAUUUACUGUAUAAAUGAGAAAUAAUAAAAUACAAUUUAAGCAUAAUGGCAAACAGAAUAGUUAAUAAAAAAGAAGCUCUACUUGUACGUAAAGAGGAGCUGUUACGUGAGUUACAAUAUUAUGAAAAAAGAAUUGAUGAAGCUCGAAACACGAAACAAAACUCCAGUCAUAAUGAAAACGACAGCUCAGAUUCGGAACAAGAGAUUUCUAUUGAAAUAUCUCCAUCAAUAGCCGAGCUCAAAUUGCAACAAAGCAUGUUGAAGACAUGUCUCCAUGCUACUCAGGAACUCACUAGUGUUCAGGUCCUGCAGUCAGAAGUCAAUAUCUUGGUUGAGGAUCCAGUUUACGAAGGUGAAACUCAAAUAACGGACGAGGGUACUUGGAAGGAAAUAAUUGUGGAAUGCCGAGUCGAUCUUGUACCAUUCUCGAUGAGUUAUUACAUGCAUAAGCCUAACCGUCUCUUCGCGCCGGUUUCGUACAGAAACUUAAACGUGUCCCCCGUGAAGGUUGCACACAAGCGGGAGCUGGCCAAGUCUGUGUUAUCAGCUGUGACGACGCCGAGUGAUGCUGUCGAGGUGUUCCGCAACUAUGCGCGCGCGCAUCGCUCGCGACGCUGUUCGUUGGCGCGACUCGCAGAGACGUACGGUGACUCACUCUACAUGGAGCCGAUGGCCGACGGAGGUUACUUGCUGAAAUGUGCGAACAUUCUAGAAGUAUCAUGGACGUUACAGAACAAAUGGUCUCCGAUCGCGCAUUUCCAUCACCGACUGAAGUUUGACGUGGAAUAUAUGGAUGAAUCGUACAUAAAAAUAAUAACGCAAGCGCACAGACAGCUCUCAGAUCCAGCGAUAGACACAGACGAACGUACUCUCCUCAUGGCGAAGAUAAUCAACACUUGCCUCGAAGCGGAGAAACCGACCCAAGAAUUACACGAGAGCUUCGAAGCGGAGAGUCUCAGGGAGAGACGGCAGACGCUUGACGAGGAACCAGAUGUUCCAGCUGUUAAGUCUAAAGACAGCGAAAUAAUGGCCCCACCGAAAUAUCCACCGAAGAAAAUUAAACCUAAAGGCAAAGAGAAUACGGUCCUUAAUGCAAAAGAUAAGAAACGACCCAGUGACAGUAAUCAUGAAGCGAGCGUUAAAAAACCUAAAAUAGAUACCGAUAAUAACGCUAAAGCUUCAACGUCGAAAAAUAAACUCAAUAAACAAUCUAACAAAGUUAAUUCCGAAGAUACAAAUGAACCAACGGCUAAGAAAUCGAGUGAUGUGCAAAUAAAUAAGUCUUCUGAUGUUAAAAACGGUGACAAGUCAUCAAACGACCAAAAAGCGAAUCCUAAACUUGUAGAUACAGAUCCAAAAGCUUCGAACGAAGUUUUCAAAUCUAAAAGUAAUUCUACGAACGCUAAAAAAGAUGCGAAAACUGUCGCCGAUCCUAAAAAGUCUAACGUCAAUGUUGCCAGUACAAAAAACAAUAAAAACGAUAAUUCAGAUCAAAGCAACGUUACUAAAACAAAUAAAGUUGACACAGAUAAAAAUAUGGAAACUGUUGAUAGGACAGAUCAUAUAGCUGAUGUUAAUAAGAAAACUGUAAAUAAAAUAAAAGCUGUCAAAGUUAAAUCGAAAACACAAGACGAUUUACAAGUUAAAAAAGCCAAACUAACAGAAAAAGAGAUCACAGAUUCAGGUGGAAAGACGAAAAACAUGAAAAAGAUACAAGAUUCAAAUACAAAGGAUACUACUAAGACGAACAGUGAAGGAAAAAACUUGCAGUCGACAAAUACAGAGAAAAUGAACGAAAAAACUUUAGCAGAACGUUUUUCCAAGACCAAAACGAAUGUUGAACGAACGAAUAAAAAUGUUAUCGGAAAAACAAAUAAUAAAAUAAUAUUAGAAAAUAAGAAAAGCAAAUCAACGAGCAAUUUAAAUAAGGCCGUUGUUAAAAAAGCAGUCGAGAAUUCAAAGAUACCGCAGAAGAGACCGUCUUCUGAAAAUGUAAAGAAAAACCCCUUAAGAAUUAGUCCGAGAAAACCUCAAUCGAAUGUGGCGAUUGGACAAGACAGUUCUAAAUCGUCCGUGAAAAGUUUGCAGAAACCUGUUACAAAUAUACCGAGAUUACUCAAGAAACCUAUAUCGAAACCGAAGACAGUUACAUGAAAAUAUGUCAAAUAAUAUCAUUUUUUGUCCUUGUCUCUCGUGUAAAUAUAUAAAUCGAGUCAAAGAGAGACUGGUCUCCUGUAGAAGAUAUGAAUACGACGGCAUUUUUAUGUUUGAUUGAAAGUUUAAUAUGAAGUUACUUUGUUGCUUUGUCCUUUUCUCUCCAGUGAUUCUAUUAUGUGUUUGAACGAUACAGACUAUAUGUUAAAGGAGACGGGCUGUAUUAUUUAA